UAAACAAAUCUGAAAAAUGCUGUUUUAUGGAACUUAGUAGUUUUAGUUAAAAAAAAAUAAUCAAUUCUGCGUUCUUUAGAAGAAAAAAUAGCAUAUAGAGUACUUCAAUGACGUGGAAAAUGUCGACUUAUUAAGAAAAAUGUAAUAUCAUGCAGCAAAUCCUGGAACAUUCAGAAUUUUCCGCGCCAACACUUUGUAAUCAUCUGUCCCUAUUUCUGUCAUUCUAUUCACUCUCGUCUCAUUCGUCCAGCACUACUCAACUCCAGUUGAGUUCGCCUUCACGCAGCUGUAACAGUUAAAUAUUAUUUGUUCGCUGGCAUUGCACCUCUAAUUAUCGUGCGUUUCGUGUAUUUAGGUAGUGGCAGUCCGUGUACAGGUUAUCACACGUCGAGCGAAAAAUGAAUUACCUCAACCACCUCACCAGCCGCAGUCGCCUUACGUAGUCGCCGACCAGCGGGUGAUCGCACAACGCAAUCUCAAUAUAUGCAAUGAUAACAUAGGCGGGCGAAUACGUAAACGUAGCCUCACCACCGCGUAAUGCGAACACUAUAAAUGUAUAACGCGGAGGAAGGCGCCGACACGAUGCGAUUGAGAGACUGGAGGCAGGCCCUCCGCAGCCCGCCGACAUAUCGAAUCGUUAACCGAACGCUGCGCAACCAGAAGCACUUCAUCUCGCUGGUGGCGUGCACUGGAUUACUUGUGCUGGUCGUGCUCUAUAUGCUGCCCCGUCAGCGCACCACCGAGUAUACUAUCAUCUCCAACACAGGCUACAACAGGACUUAUCCACUGACGAUGCCAAUCAAGACCAGCAGCAUGCACACAUUUAGAAUAGGUAUCAUUGCUGAUUUGGAUACAAAUUCAUUGAGUCCAGACCAGAAACACACAUGGUACUCAUUUUACAAAAAGGGUUAUCUCAGCUAUAGUCCAAUUAAGAACACAAUUGUUAUCACAUGGGAUAGCCAUCCACCUGCAAAGCUCACCACUAACUUUGCAAUGAAAGGACGCGGUAUGGAGCUGUCGGAAUUGGUUGUGUUCGAUGGUAGACUGCUGACCUUUGAUGAUAGAACAGGAAUGGUUUUUCAAAUUAUUAAUGACAGAGCCAUUCCUUGGUUGUUACUGAUGGAUGGUGAUGGAAGGACCAUGAAGGGUUUUAAGUCGGAGUGGGCGACGGUAAAAGAUGAGCAAUUGAUCGUUGGUUCCAUGGGUAAAGAAUGGACGACGCCGUCCGGUGAAUUCGAGCACAACAAUCCGCAGUAUAUAAAGCGUAUCAACGCCGGCGGACAAGUAAACCACGUCAAUUGGAUCGAGCAGUACAAACGCGUCCGAGAGGUGCUAGGAAUUCACUGGCCAGGGUAUAUGAUCCACGAGAGCGGCGCUUGGUCAUCAGUGCAUCAACGCUGGUUCUUCCUGCCACGGCGUUGCAGUCAGAACAGCUACAACGAAACAGUCGACGAGUCCAAUGGUUGUUCUGUACUCAUCUCCACCGACUCGGAUGUUUAUGAUGUGAAAAGUGUUCAGUUACCAAAUAAGUAUAGGACGCGCGGAUUUUCUACGUUCAAGUUCGUACCGACGUCGGAUGACCGCGUGAUUGUUGCAUUACGCACCGAAGAAAUCGAAGGUAAGACGGCGACGUACUUUACCGCCUUCGAUAUCGACGGAAAUGUUCUGUUGGAUGAUACGUUCGUCUCCGAUUUGAAGUAUGAGGGUCUGGAGUUUAUCUAGCGCCCGCCUGGCCAAAGCAUUCCGGCGUUUUCUUCGCGAGAACGAAUCAACUGUUCCCUUGUAGCUCAAUUUCUUAAUUUAUAAUAACUUCUGUGUAUAUUUUGUAAAUUUACUGCGGUAAUAUUAACAUUAAGACACUAAUAAAUACUAUUUUUAAACAAUA